UCGAUGGGAGCUUUGAAUGUAUCGCACGACCAUAGCCGCCGGUUUACGGCAGCGGGUCUCCCAGAGCGUUUAGGAUCAAAGGAUUAGCUGGAGAAGAAGGAGGAGGAGCAGAGGCUGCCAGCAUGGCGCUCACUCUGUAUUCUCUCAUCCAAAGCAUUAUUCUGUGCACUAAUGCAAUCGCCGUGUUGCACGAAGAACGGUUUCUCUGUAAAUUCGGCUGGGGCGCUGAUCAGGGAGUCGGAGGUUUCGGGGAUGAUCUCGGAGUCAAAGCUCAGAUACUUAAUCUGAUCCGUUCAGUUCGCACCGUCAUGAGAGUCCCCUUGAUUCUGGUGAACUCUGCCUGCAUUGUCCUGCUGUUGCUGUUUGGAUGAGUUCAGGCGCCGCAGUAAAUUAAAGGACUUCCAGCUUUCUGAUGGGAUUUCUCCUCCUCAAAACCCCACAAGACUGAUCUAUUUGAAUUUUUUUUUUUUUGUUACUUCCCAAGACAAAAUGAUGCUUCUUUCCUCAUCUCCAGCUUUACAUCAGAUUUAUCUUGUUCUGCAGGAAACAUUGACAAAUCUGUUUUAGUGAUUUUUAAGAAAUUACAGCAUAUUUUGUCAUGAGUUUAACUGCGGCGAGCUCUCGAGAUGUGUCAUUGUUUGAGGAUCAUAAAUUUUAAUUUUAAUCCUGCCUAUGAAGUUCUAUUACAAACAGCAGAUUUUUGCAACAUUUGAACUAAAAAAAUUAUCCAAAAAAGUCUUUUUUAUGAGUUUGUUAGGCUUUUUUUUAAGAGGUUUUGGCUGUUGAUGAAUGUUCUGUCAACUACUUUGUGACAGUAAAGAACAAUCCAAACUCAGA